AGCAUCUAGAAUGAAAGAAGCUUUGUCAUCUGAAGGCAUUAAACUUUCCCAUUCUAUCAUUUCAAAGAGUUUUGAUAAGUAUUAUUAUGAGGACAUUAUUCGGGUUACACUUGAGAAAAUGGCACAAGGUUCAAAAAUUGAAUCGCAGGUGAAAUGGUUACAAGGAACUAACGCUCUCUGUCACGAAUUCAUGAGUGAUAAGAAAUUGAUAGACGAAUUGAACGAACAGAAAUUUGAUAUUGCUGUUAUAGACUACGCACCUGUUCUUUGUUUCACUAUAAUGGCUUAUAAACUAAAUGUGCCAUUUGUAUCUUUUGGUGCCUUCAUAGAUCCAACCUUAAAUCGAGUUCCAUUAAACCCAGCUUUUACACCAACAUUUUUUUCUGCAUUCAAUGAUAAGAUGACAUUUUUGGAGAGAGUUGUGAAUACGAUGCGAUAUAUUUUUUUAGUUGCUAGACCUGCAGCACCAACGUUAGAGAACCUGGCAGGUAAAUAUGUCCCAGAAAAACCAACUAUCUCUAAUCAAGAAGCAAAACAAAGAGCUAUGCUUUAUAUACAUGACAGUGACAUUCUAUUUGAUUAUCCGCAACCGUUGUCGCCAAAUGUAAUACUUUGUGGCGGUCUUGCUGCGCGACCUUCGAAAAAGGUUGCAAAACAUCUUGACACAUUUGCAUCUUCAAACAAAGGCUUAGUAGUUGUUUCUUUUGGCAGUAUUUUCAAAACUUUUCCGAAUAAUACCUUCGGGAAAAUGAUUGAAGCUUUCAAACAAAUAUCUGAUCUUAACUUUGUGAUUCGACAAGGAGAUAAGGAGGAGAAAACGGACAAUAUUUUGCGACUUCCAUGGAUCCCACAGAACGAUUUACUAGGUCAUCCUCGAACCGUUUUAUUUAUAACACAUUGUGGGAGGAGCGGAAGUAUGGAGGCUAUCUACCAUGGAAUCCCUGUCAUCACGUUUCCAUUAAGUAUUGACCAACCUUAUAAUGCAGCCGUUAUGGAAAACAAAGGUUAUGGUAUUAAGAUGGAUUUACAUGAUUUUUCUACUGAGGAAUUGAUUACUAAUAUAAAACAAGUAGCUUUUACCGACAAAUAUAGGCGAAAUAUUAAACAAGCGUCGGAAAUAUUUCAUAGUCGACCACAGACCCCUGCCGAAAGAGCAGCUUAUUAUAUCGAUUUAGUUGCCAAACAUGGUGACAAACAUUUUCGACACGUUGGGUUAGACAUGCCUUGGUAUUCGUUUUAUCUUUUUGAUGUUAUGAGCUUUCUUUUGUCAAUGACCCUUACCUCAAUUGCUGUAAUGUAUUUAGUGUUUAGGAAAUGUAAAAGACAUUUUAUAAACAGAACUGUUAAGGAUAAAACAUGUAAAAAAGAAUAAG